AUGCGCCCGAUCCUUGCUGCUGCGGCUUUCUUGGCCUGCCUUAGCCAGGCAGCUCCUCACUACUCACAACCCGACCGCUAUGUUGGCCUCAAUACCCUUGCGCAAAGUCGGGGAAAGCUUUGGUUUGGUACCGCGGCCGAUAUCCCUGGGACAGCGGAGACGACCGACACUGCGUAUCUGGAUGUUCUGCAGAAGAACUUUGGCGAGAUGACCCCUGCAAAUGCCAUGAAGUUCAUGUACACCGAGCCUGAGCAAAACGUGUUCAAUUUCACCGAGGGUGAUUACUUCCUAGAUGUGGCUGAAAAGUACCACGCCCGUGUACGCUGUCACAAUUUGGUCUGGGUGAGCCAGCUUUCGGAAUUUGUCACCGCGACAAAUUGGACGGCCGAAGCUCUCACCCAGGUGAUGAAGAACCACAUAUUCCGGACCGUUCAGCACUUUGGCCGACGCUGCUAUUCGUGGGAUGUGGUCAACGAGGCCCUCAGCAGCGACGGGACUUUCUCUGCCAGUGUCUGGUACGAUACCAUUGGGGAAGACUAUUUCUUCCUCGCCUACAAGUAUGCCCAGGAGGCGCUGGCCGAGAUCGGCGCCAACGAGGUGAAGCUCUAUUACAAUGACUACGGUAUUGAGAGCCCUGGUCCCAAGGCAGACGCUGUCCUCCAGCUUGUCAGCGAGUUGCGCGAGCGUGGAAUUCGGAUUGAUGGUAUCGGUCUUGAGUCGCAUUUCAUUGUUGGCGAAACCCCUUCUCUUGCCGAUCAGCUUUCCACCAAGAAAUCCUUUAUCCAAGCCAACUUGGAUGUUGCUAUCACCGAGCUCGACGUUCGUUUUUCGGAGGCUCCCUUCUACACUGCAGCUGGUCAGCAGCAGCAAGCCACUGAUUACUAUACCAGUGUCAACAGCUGCAUGGAGGCUGGGCCUCGCUGCAUUGGUAUCACCGUGUGGGACUUUGAUGAUGCUUUCUCUUGGGUGCCGAGCACGUUUGCCGGCCAGGGUGGUGCUGAUCUCUUCAAUGACACUCUUCAGGCUAAGCCGGCUUAUUAUGCUUCGGCUGAGGCAGUAGAGGGAGAAAGCUGCAACGUAUGCUAG